AUGUCCUCGUUCUUCACCGUUCCUGCCUCGCAACGGAAAAGGAAGCGAUCCGAAGCUGCUCUCGCGGAGCCUAAAAAACGCAGUGCUGCUUCUGCAAACUCACAGGCCGACAGACCCCCCCGCCGCAGCGAGAGAGACGAGUCGAUUUCUGGAAGUGACGAAGACUCAGAGGGCGAGCGCGAUGCCGGUUUCUUCGAAGAACCUGAAGAAUCGGAGACGUCGCAAGACGAGAACGAGACCGCAGCCGCGAAGCGACUGAGACUUGCAGAACGGUACCUCGAAAACAUCCGCAACGAAGUCGAGGAAGAUGGAGGCUUCGAUGCAGCAGACAUUGAUCGCGACCUGAUUGCUGAGAGACUGAAGGAAGACGUUGCAGAAACAAAGGGCAAAAUAUACAGGAACAUUGCGGAAGAGCUGGAUUUUGAACAGGCUUCACAUGUUUUUGGCAAGUCAGGUCUACAGAAAGCAGUCACCGGAUGCGCGCUUCGUUUGCCAUAUGCAUGGACCGUCAGCAAAGACUUGGUUGUCGAAAAGUGGGAAAUCGCGGAUCCCACGGUCUACAACGCGCGGGAACCAAAUCAGCCAACGAACAUCACUCGACGACGUACGCCUAAGCGACUCCUCUGGAGGAAGGGCAAUAAAAACAUGAAAGGUGAUAAGGACUACCUGGGUCAUACUGGCGAGAUAAUAUCGAUUGCUGUGUCAGAUUCAGGGCGCUUUUUGGCUACGGGAGACAAGCACGCUCGCCUAAUCAUAUGGGAUGCGGAGAACCUUACGCCGCGGAAACUGUUCACACGGCACCGCGAUGCUGUUACUGCGUUGUCCUUUAGGCGAGGCACAGAACAGCUUUUUUCUGGAGGUGCAGAUCGUGCGGUACUAGUCUGGGCUGCCGCAGAGUCUGCCUACAUUGAAACAUUGCACGGACACGAAGACGCUGUCAUCGGGGUGGCAGGCGGAUUGGAGGUUAACCAAGAAACCUGCAUCAGUGUCGGCUCAAGAGAUCGAUCCGCAAGGCUAUGGAAGGUGGUAGAGGAGAACCAACUAGUGUUCAGAAGCGGAACAAAUACUCGUCAAAAGGGGUUGGACAAGUUACGCAAAGGUCGCUUUGGGGCCACAGCGAAUGACGGGACCACUACUAACGGCGACAUAAAACGAGACGACGAUGAAAUUGUGUAUGCCGAGGGCUCCGUGGACUGUGUCGCUCUUCUUGAUGCAGGGCUCUUCGUCACGGGCUCGGACAAUGGAGCUCUUUCAUUAUGGUCGGUGAACAGGAAGAAACCUUUACAAACGAUUCCUCUUGCACACGGAAGAGACCCACCGCUUCGGCCAGAAGACAUGUCAGCAAAUAGCGAUGCUCAGCAAUCGGCGAGACCUGGGCCAACAUUACCGAGAUACAUCACCGCACUUGCAACAGUACCGUUUGCGGACCUUGUCCUCACUGGCAGUUGGGAUGGUUGGAUAAGAGCGUGGCGCGUGGGAGCGGACAAACGCAGCAUCGAGCCUGUAGGAAAGGUCGGCCACGUACCCCUCAAAGACGUAGACGGCAUGACCGUAGGAGCACAUCCAAGCGACGACAUAAGCCUAAUGCGGGGCAUAGUGAAUGGGCUUUCUGUGCAGGAGAGAGGCGAACGUGGGAAGGAUGGGCUCUGCGUGGUCGCUGCAGUUGGCAAGGAGCCCAGAUUGGCCCGAUGGAUGGCCGGUAUGGCACCGAACAGCCUGCAUAUUUUUGAGGUGUCGAGGAAAGUCCUUGAAAAUGGCAUCGAUGACGUGCCGCUGAAUGAAGAGGAUUAG